UUCUUUGGGAACAGAAAAGUAGAAAAUUUUGUUUAAAUUCACCAAUCUUUGUAUCUUUCCACUUUGACAAAUCCACAAGCAAACGUUCAAAUUCUUAAAUUUCUUCACUUUCCUAGAAAUUUCCUUGUGUUUAAUUCAAGGUUCUCCUAUUUAACUAUUCUUUCUCACCCACUUUCAUUUCUCUCAUCAUUUACAGACCCUUUACUUUUCCUCCGUUUUUGGUCCCUGUUUUCUUGAUCUUAGAUAAAAUCUAUCUUAUCUCUGCUGUAUCUCGGGUACCCAUUUCGUGUUUUAUUGUUUUUUGAUCGGUUGUCGAAGGGAAUUGGAGUUGAAGAUGGAGAAUAACCAGCAAUCGUUUUGGCAAUUCAGUGAUCAGCUGAGGCGACAUACUUCAAGCUUAGCAAAUCUGUCACUGAACGACUCAAUAUGGAGCAAUUCUUUUGUGUCAAAGAGGCCAGAUGAGAGGAGGAAUUUUGAUGUAAGAGUUGGAGGUGAUGUGAAUUCUGUUAUUAAUUCCAAGUCAAAAGAGUCUGGUUUGAAUGAUGGUUUCAAUGAUGGGUGGAAGAUAGGAUCUAGUGGUGGUGCUGCUACAGAUUUAAAUGGAUUUAACGAUGGGUGGAAGAUAGGAUAUAGUGCUAACAGUUAUGGACUUGGUCCUAUUGGUCAAGUUGUUGGUGGUGGAUCUCAAAACAAUCUGAUCAAUGGUGGGUUUAACAAGGGGACUUAUUCAAAGAAUAGUCAUAACAACAAUAUCAAUGUUCACCUGAAGGGCAAUAAGAAGAAGGGAGAGGAAGAUCAUGGAGGCAAAAUUGGCAAGAAGAAUACUAACAAGAAGAACAACGGUGAUAGUAAUAACAAUAACGAUGGUAAGGAUAAACAGAGUGCUGUUGAUAAGAGGUUUAAGACACUUCCACCAGCGGAGUCUCUGGCAAGAAAUGAAACUGUUGGUGGCUAUAUCUUUGUCUGCAAUAACGAUACUAUGCAAGAGAAUCUCAAGAGGCAGCUCUUUGGUUUGCCUCCACGUUACCGAGAUUCAGUGAGGGCGAUUACUCCAGGUCUGCCCCUUUUCCUGUACAACUACUCCACCCACCAACUCCAUGGAAUCUUUGAGGCCGCAAGUUUUGGAGGAACAAACAUUGAUCCUACGGCCUGGGAGGACAAGAAAUGCUCUGGAGAAUCACGCUUCCCAGCUCAGGUGAGAGUUGUUACUAGGAAAAUUUAUGAACCACUGGAAGAGGACUCCUUCAGGCCAAUUCUCCACCACUACGAUGGCCCUAAGUUCCGGCUUGAACUCAACAUUCCAGAGGCACUGUCUCUCCUGGACAUAUUUGAGGAACAAAACCCUUGAACAAUUUACCAUAUACAGGCAUACAGAUUUACAUACAAUACAAGGAAAAUAUAAGUGUUUAUUAAAAAAUAGAAGAUAAAAGAGGAGCUGUUUAGCUUUACUGUAAUGGGAUUUGAGAGAGAGAGAGAGAGAGAGAGAGAGAGAGAGAGAGUUUGGGGGAAGAAUUAUGGAAGUGGAAUAGAGGUUAUAGCCUAGUGUGAUGUAUCAUGUUAAUGUUUUUGUAUGGAGGUUGUUAUGGUCCUUCUUGUUCUCUGAUUUGUCAUACAAAUAAGUGAAAAACGCUAAAAUGAACUAAUAUUUAUUAUGUUUUAUAGCA